AGUGCCGGACCCCAGCACACAGAAGCCGAGACGAUUCAGAAGCUCUGUGACCGAGUAGCUUCAUCAACUUUACUGGAUGACCGAAGAAAUGCUGUGCGUGCUCUUAAAUCAUUAUCUAAGAAAUACCGCUUGGAAGUAGGAAUCCAAGCUAUGGAACAUCUUAUCCAUGUUUUACAAACAGAUCGUUCGGAUUCUGAAAUAAUAGCUUAUGCUUUGGAUACACUCUAUAAUAUAAUAUCUAAUGAUGAAGAGGAAGAAAUAGAAGAAAAUUCUGCAAGACAGACUGAGGAUUUGGGAAGCCAGUUCACAGAAAUUUUCAUCAAGCAGCCAGAAAAUGUCACUCUCCUGUUGUCUCUGUUGGAGGAAUUUGAUUUCCAUGUCCGUUGGCCUGGCGUGAGACUCCUGACUUCUCUUUUAAAACAAUUAGGGCCUCCAGUGCAGCAGAUUAUCUUAGUCAGUCCCAUGGGUGUUUCAAGACUGAUGGACUUACUGGCAGAUUCCAGAGAAAUUAUACGUAAUGAUGGUGUCCUACUGCUGCAGGCCUUAACAAGGAGCAAUGGAGCAAUCCAGAAAAUUGUGGCUUUUGAAAAUGCUUUUGAGAGGCUGCUGGACAUCAUUACAGAUGAGGGGAACAGUGAUGGAGGUAUAGUAGUAGAAGAUUGUUUGAUCUUACUUCAAAACUUGUUAAAGAACAACAAUUCCAAUCAAAACUUUUUUAAGGAAGGCUCAUAUAUUCAACGUAUGAAACCUUGGUUUGAAGUUGCAGAUGAAAAUUCUGGUUGGUCAGCACAGAAAGUGACCAAUCUACAUUUGAUGCUACAGCUUGUCCGAGUACUAGUGUCUCCCACCAACCCUCCUGGUGCGACCAGCAGCUGCCAGAAGGCCAUGUUUCAGUGCGGGUUACUGCAGCAACUUUGUACCAUCCUGAUGGCUACAGGAAUUCCUGCUGAUAUCCUGACCGAGACCAUAAAUACUGUAUCUGAAGUUAUUCGAGGCUGCCAAGUCAACCAGGACUACUUUGCUUCUGUGAAUGCACCUUCAAAUCCCCCAAGACCAGCAAUUGUUGUACUUCUCAUGUCCAUGGUGAACGAAAGGCAGCCAUUUGUGUUACGCUGUGCUGUCCUCUACUGUUUCCAGUGCUUUUUAUAUAAAAACCAGAAAGGACAGGGAGAAAUUGUGGCAACACUUCUACCGUCCACUAUUGAUGCAACAGGUAACUCAGUCUCAGCUGGUCAGCUGCUCUGUGGAGGCCUCUUUUCUACAGAUUCUCUUUCAAACUGGUGUGCUGCUGUGGCCCUUGCCCAUGCACUGCAAGGGAAUGCUACCCAGAAGGAGCAGCUGCUCAGGGUUCAGCUGGCCACGAGCAUUGGUAACCCCCCAGUGUCCCUGCUGCAGCAAUGCACCAACAUCCUCUCCCAGGGUGAUAAGAUCGACAGACGGGGAAGCAAAAUACAGACAAGAGUUGGGUUGUUAAUGUUGCUUUGUACCUGGCUAAGCAGCUGUCCCAUUGCAGUAACACAUUUUCUUCACAAUUCAGCCAAUGUUCCAUUUCUUACAGGACAAAUUGCAGAAAAUCUCGGAGAAGAAGAGCAGUUAGUCCAAGGCCUAUGUGCCCUUCUUUUGGGCAUUUCAAUUUAUUUCAAUGAUAAUUCACUAGAAAACUACAUGAAAGAGAAACUAAAGCAACUAAUAGAGAAGAGAAUUGGCAAGGAGAAUUUCAUAGAGAAACUAGGAUUCAUUAGCAAACAUGAGUUAUACUCCAGAGCCUCACAGAAACCCCAGCCAAACUUCCCGAGUCCAGAAUACAUGAUAUUUGAUCAUGAGUUUACAAAACUGGUGAAAGAACUUGAAGGUGUUAUUACUAAGGCUAUUUAUAAAUCCAGUGAAGAAGAUAAGAAAGAGGAAGAGGUAAAGAAGACACUAGAACAGCAUGACAACAUUGUGACUCACUAUAAGAAUAUGAUUCGUGAGCAAGACCUACAGCUGGAAGAACUGAAACAGCAAGUUUCUACACUGAAAUGUCAAAAUGAACAGCUGCAAACAGCAGUCACACAACAGGUGUCUCAGAUUCAACAGCACAAGGAUCAGUAUAAUCUCCUUAAAGUCCAGCUUGGAAAAGACAGUCACCAUCAAGGCUCCCACAGUGAAGGGGCCCAGGUGAACGGCAUUCAGCUAGAAGAGGUCAGUCGGCUGAGGGAAGAGGUAGAAGAGCUGAAAAGUCACCAGGGGCUCUUACAAAGCCAGCUAGCCGAAAAGGACUCUUUGAUAGAAAAUUUGAAAUCUUCACAAGCGUCUGCCCUGAAUGAACAGGCUUCAGUAACAGCUUCACCCAGAGAUUCAGAGCAAGUUGUUGAAUUAAAACAGGAGCUGACAGCAUUAAAGUCCCAGUUGAACUCACAGGCCCUGGAGAUCACCAGACUCAAGGCAGAAAAUCAUGAGCUGCUCCAGAGAGCAGAAGCCUUGGCAAAGUCAGUCCCUGUACAAGGAGAGAGUGAGAAUGUGACAACUGCUAAAACUACUGAUGUAGAAGGAAGGCUGUCUGCCUUGCUUCAGGAAACGAAGGAACUAAAGAAUGAAAUUAAAGCGUUAUCUGAGGAAAAAACUGCCAUUAAAAAACAAUUGGAUACAUCUAACAGCACCAUUGCCAUUCUACAAACGGAGAAAGACAAGUUAGAUUUGGAAGUGACAGAUUCUAAGAAAGAGCAAGAUGAUCUCUUGGUACUGUUGGCCGAUCAGGAUCAGAAAAUCCUGUCACUGAAGAGUAAACUCAAGAACCUCGGUCAUCCAGUUGAAGAAGAAGACGAAUCUGGAGACCAAGAAGAUGAUGAUGAUGAAAUGGAUGAUGGUGACAAGGACCAGGAUAUCUAGCUUUAAACCCUAGGGAUGGUAGAGAUUAUGUCAUUACUUUGAAGAAGUCUUCAGACAGUGCUUUGGUUUGCCUCCACAAAAAAUAAAGAUUUAGAACCAGGCAGAAAGCAUUCACUAAUAAAAUUAUUGAUGUAUGAUUUUUUUUA